AUGGCUCCCACCUCUAAACUACUCCUAGCCGACCUUGCAUCUUCAUGUGUGAAACAAAUUCCAUCUAAUUACAUCCGUUCCGUCUCCGACCGUCCGAAUCUCUCCAAUGUUCAGAUUUCGGAUGGCUCCACCAUUCCUCUAAUUGACCUUCUAGGUCUUAAUGGUCCUAACCACUUUCUUAUAAUCAAACAAAUUGCCCAAGCAUGCCAGAAUGAUGGCUUCUUUCAGGUGAAGAACCAUGGGAUACCAGAGGAAAUGAUCAACAACGUACUAAACAUAGCUAGAAAAUUCUUCAAACUGCCUAAAAGUGAAAGGUUAAAAAAUUACUCUGAUGAUCCUACUAAGACAACCAGGUUGUCUACCAGUUUUAAUGUUAAGACAGAACAAGUUUCUAGCUGGAGAGAUUACUUGAGACUUCAUUGUUACCCUCUUGAAGACUACAUACAUGAAUGGCCUAGCAAUCCUCCAUCAUUCAGGAAAGAUGUGGGUGAAUAUUGCACAACUGUUAGAGGUCUAGUGUUAAGACUGCUUGAGGCCAUAUCAGAAAGUUUGGGGCUGGAAAAAGACUAUAUAGAUAAGAAAUUAGGGAAGCAUGGACAACAUGUGGCUAUGAACUACUACCCACCCUGUCCACAGCCAGAGCUCACGUAUGGAUUGCCUGGACACACUGACCCUAAUUUAAUCACCAUUCUGUUACAAGAUGACGUGCCUGGAUUGCAGGUUCUGAGAAAUGGCAAGUGGAUUGCUGUGAAUCCCAUUCCCAACACCUUCAUCGUCAACAUUGGUGAUCAAAUGCAGGUCCUUAGCAAUGAUCGUUACAAGAGUGUGCUUCAUCGAGCAGUGGUUAACUGCGACAAAGAACGAAUAUCUGUACCGACGUUUUAUUGUCCUUCACCGGAUGCUAUAAUUGGACCUCCGAAAGAGCUGAUCAAUGAUGAUUAUCCGGCGGCAGUUUAUAGAGAUUUUACAUACGAAGAAUAUUAUGAGAAGUUCUGGAACAGAGGGCUUAUCAAAGAAUGUUGCUUGGACUUGUUCAAAGCUUCUAAUAAUUCAGCCUAG